AGUCUUAAUGUCGUGCAUUGAAACUAAAUGUUCCCGUGAAUGUGUUUGUCUGUUUAUUUGAUUUGUCAAACCGCACACAGGGUUGUGGGUAGUUUCAAUGAGUGUUGAAUGGAAAGCUUCGAAGAAGAACAAAGCAACAACAGCGUUGAAAACAAAAUAACGACCUUUGCGUCGCCUGCUGUUUUGGCCGCCAUAUUGGAUGAAGAACCGUCGGAUGAAGAUGUUAAUCGUAGUGUGGUCGCGUCUAAUAAUCGGGAGGAAGAAACAGUAAGGGUCACUGAUAGUUUGGAGUCCUCAUUAAACGAUUCUCUCGAGUUUUCAAAGCUUGAAGAAUCAAUCGAACCCAAGCGAGAUGGUGAAUCCACCAUGAUGCAAAUCGAGUCAUCGCAGGUUGAGAUUUCAGACGAUGUUUCGGAUUUUCCCAAGAGCUCUACACCGCUACUAAAUGACCACACGAAACCCAGCGAAAAAUAUGAAAAGCCUCCAAAACCACGAAAGCCACAGCACAUUAUAGAAAGAAAUAAAGAGAGGGUUGGGAAGAAAAUUCCCGAGAGGACUAGCUAUGCCCAAGUUCAUGCAAUCAAGACAAGAAAAAAAGUCGAAAAAAUCAAAGCAUCUAAAAGCCAAGGCGAAGAAGCUGCUGCGAAUGUGUCUGGCUCAGGCUCAGGCUCAGAGGGUCAGUCACAGCAUUCUCAAAAAGUAAGCGAUGAUUUGAGUCAAAAAUCUGUAAGUCCAGUUCACCAUGAGAAUGAGCAAGACUUUCUCAGAGACAGCUACUCAGAAAAGUCGCUCGACACAUUUCACAAUCAGUUGCAUGGACCUUACUAUGAUGUCAACCAAAACUUUGGCUCAUAUUAUAACCCUUUGGAAUCAAAUUACUCAGAUCUAGUUGGCUAUAGCAGAGGAUGUCAAAAUGCUACGGCAAACUCAAGACAGGCACAUGCAAUGGCUGGGUCAUUUCAACCAACACAUUAUGCCUCACUUUCUACCCAGUCAGCCCCUCCAGGUGUUUAUGGAUAUCAACGCCCACCACUCAUCUCCAAUAUACAUAAUUUCCAUGGAGAAGAUUUUUAUCUAUCGUCAGCCUUCUCAAACACAGACUUCCAAAAUUUACAAAAAGUGAACAAACUCCCAGAAUCUAGUCUACACAGGACAUUUUCUUCUGAACCAUACUUAGCAAAUCCAGGUUCUCCAUCUUUUCAAAGAAUGGUAGAUAUUGACAGAAACAGUAAGGCAUCUGGAAGUUAUUCCAGUGUAAAACAGCCAUUGUCUCAGUACAAACCAUACAGUUUGAAAGACUACAGGAAUUUUGUUGGCUCUGAAGCUGAGCGUGCAGCUGGUGGCUUAGGACCAAACAUUGACACCAAUGAUUUUAAAGAGAAGAUGAGAAAAGUCAGCAAGCAAAGAGAGUAUGCAGCAAUGCUGAGGGCCCAGCACUCAACCAUGAAGAAACAACAGGAGAGAAAAGGAGCUAUUCAACAGCCAGUCAAACCUAAACAUGUCAAACAGGCAGAGGCCAAACGUCAAGCUGCCUUAAACUAUGCUAAGAAUGUUCCUAGACCAAAACAGAUGAUCAACAGGAGGAGGGGAAGUCCAGGAAUGGGUGGCACUCAAGCUGACAAGGACCAGGAAAUUACAAAUAUACUUGAAAUAUUGAGACUGAGACAUGAAAAAGAGAAAAAAGAAGUAGACACGAUAAGAAAAGAUUUGGCUUCUAAAAUAAGACUCUGAUGCAUAAAAUAUUUACACAUUGAAGCAGAUUGUGUCUGGGGUAAGUGGGAUGUCACUGCCUUAUCAUACCAAUGUGAUAGAAUUAGCCAUUGUAAAGUGACUAUUAAACGUCCACUGGCCUUAUCAUUAAAGCUGACUUAUAAUAAAAAAAACAAUCCAAGGUUGUGCCUUUGCAGGCAUCCCUGUUUUGUGUUCCUUGUGUUCCUUUCUCUGUAUCUCUCUACCCAGGAGUUAAAAUGGGUAAUAGCUAACCAUCUGGGAAAUGUGACAAAAUGCUGGGGAGGGAAGUAUCAACAAUUCUCCUAGACACUUGCCGUUUAAAAAAUUAAACUGAGAUGUGCAGAAAGGAACUGCUGUGCUAAAACUGUGGAAGCUCUACUGAUGCAGGCCAGAAAACUUUACCACUAAAUAAACAGAAAAUUAUGUUGGGAGUAUGUAGUUAACUAUGAUGCAUCUUCAAUGCGGCACUGCCCCUAAAAGUAUGAGCCUUGUUGACAAGUGCUCAAAGGAAGUUAUAGCUUCAAAAAUCCAAAAGUACAUGUAUAAUGGAAAGCAUUUAGUAACAAUUACAUUUGCGUAGUGUGAACUUUUGCACAGUCUUGUUUGAGCUUAAAAUUCAUUAGUUGUGACAGUGA